AUGCGUCGUCUUCAGCUGUUUGGAAGAUCCAGAGAAGAAGCGGAUACUACGUCAGAUCUGAGAACUGCAAGGACUAGAGGUCACAGCAAAAGCCGAGCUACCUGCAACGAAACAUCAUGCGGCUUGUUCUCGCUGCCUCCAAAGAUUUUGGACCAAAUUCUGCGGCUUUUGGACGUUCCCACGCUUCUGUCACUGUGUCUGGUCAAUUCCAAGCUAUAUGACAUUAUAAGCAACAAUUUUCUGUAUCAAAACGUUGUUUUGAGGGACAAGCUGGCCUUGUUGCAAUUUACAGCACUCAUCCACAGCGAAACACACACGUCAAAUGCUCUAAUUCAUCCCAGAGUUGGCGUUUCGUCUCAAAACCUUAGAUUUUUGGUUCGUUCUAUUGAAUUCGUGAACCCACUAUACCAGGACUCGCUGUUGAAAUACGGCAAAUAUUGCAGCAGAGACCAACCAUCUACUAUUGGUGGCUCCUACCGUCUGUCCAGUGAUCCUCAGAGAACACAGAACUUCGUACGCGAGAAAACGCCUGAUAGUACACCCUUAGGUGAACGCAGAAGCACCUCUUCCGAUGGUAGAGGUUUGAACCUGUCCAACCCGUUGCACAAACGCACUGCUUCGCCACGCAGGUCGUUUUUCGAUCUAUCGUCCACAUCUCGGUCUAAACUCAUGGCCAAAUACGAAGACCACACCUACAUAGAAUUACUAUUGGAUAUUAUCGAUUUCUGCCCCAAUCUCACACAUGUUGUGCUCAGUGGUAUUCGACAGGGCUUCAAGAUCCCGCUAUGGUAUUCGGUUUUGAAUGACGGGUCCAAGGAUUUUUACAAAAGAAUUAUCAAAGGUCAACAAUCAUUAAACAGGGACGAUCUCAAGAACUUUGAGUUCUCCUCUUCAUGGCUUGCUGCAUACGAGGAAAAAUACCACAACUUACCUCGAUUUAAAAAAUUGGAGCUUCGUGCAGCCAGCGAUAAAUCCCCAGUACCGUUAAGAUCCAAUAUGCUAAGCUGUUUUGGUAUAUUCGAUGAACUGAUACUGGAAAACAUGGUAAUAGACGCUGAAUCACUCGAUGCCCCCUUCGAGUAUAUGCCGCUGUACAUUUGUAGAUGUGAUGAAGAUUCCCUAGAUCUUCAUCUGCCAAUCACAUCGCUCUCACUCAACGGUUGCGAAAUCGUUCCCGGAAAUGGUCUGGUGAAGCUACUGCAUUCUUAUUACCAUCGCGUGAAAAACCUCAAACUACUGAACAUUCGCAGCAAGUAUGACCUAAUCCUCACCAAUUGCUUUCCCAGACUGAAUCACCUCACGAUCGACUGUAAUAGCGACUGUUUCAAUAAUCAAAAGGUCGUUGAUAGUUCGUUUUAUUUCACGGAGAGCUCUCAAGCUUCAUCUGACAAUGCGUCGCUUGCCGAAACAUUAGUUGAAACUCCUAUUUCGCGAAAGUUGACCGUCCCGCCUGCAACAACUCCGGUUGUGAUUGCCAUGAACGAAGGCUAUAUAAAACGUUUGGGUGAUAACGAAGGUAGAAAGCCAGGGACAAUAUCUGAAACUCAAGAACAGUACUUUAAAAACAUGAAGAUACAUCCUUUCCAUUACUUCUACCAUUAUUACAAAAAUCUCUGGGACCGUCUUCCUACCAAAGGAAUCAAAAUUUCCAUCGUUAAUAUUCCUUUCACCAAUGUCUACCCGCUGCAGCCCCUCCAUUUUUGGCGGCAAUUGGACGAUUACACUGGAGAUGACCUCCAAACUUUAUGCGGCUCUACUCAGGCAGAGGACGGGGAUUCCAGCACUCACUGGUGGGACAACGAUAUUUCUAGUUGUCUCAGCAAUAGUGUCAAUGAUCCUAUCAGCAGUAAUGACGUUCUCGAUCAAAAGCAGCUGUGGAACAGUUAUCAAAAUUUCCACCUUUAUAAGGACAUCGCUAAUGUUAACUUAUGGAUGUUCUUGAAAUCGUUAUCGAGAUUUCAAUCUGUUGAUAUACGAAUGCUAAGAAAGUGGUUAUGGUGUACUCCGAGGACGCGGUAUGAUUGGGAAAUCUUGCUGAGACCGCUACUAAAUUCAGAAAUGAUGUUAACAGUAAGAGACAACGAUGGUUUCGUGUUGUACAAAUAUGGCACUAAGUGA